AUGAGAUUCUCUACCUUCACAAUUUUGGUAGCCCUUGUUUUUGGUGUUGCUGCAACACCAAUCAAGGUUGACAACGAUGAAGUGCUCGCAGAACGUAACUUGAAGUAUUUCAAAUUUCCAAAGUUUAAACCAUCUUCAUAUACUAACAAGAGUCAUGUGGAAAUUAUUAUCAACAAACGUGAAGCUCCUCUUAAACCACUAGCCACCAAGACUGAUCCAUCACAUAUCAACCUUCAUUACCAACACUACCUAAAUGAAUUCGAUGAUCUUCAGCAAGCGGUGGUCUUUGCAAAGUCCGUGUCUAGCGACAUCCGGAUGGCCCUAGCCACCCCCACAUACAAUGCUAAGAUGUUGUUACGCUCCAUCUACCAGAAUGUACCUGAACCAACAGAAAAUUACUUCAAUGAAAUAAUCGAAGACCAGAAGAACGCUCGUCCCAUAGUGGACUCGCUCUUGGGUGGGAUUAUAGAACCUUUCUUGCAGCACUAG